GUCGCUAACAUCAACUACAAACGCUAGAACGAUAACUUAGCAUUCGCAUUUUUCGCAAUGGGUAGCACGGACUAUGUGGCAAUAAAAGACCUGAAACCAGGCAUGAAAAACAUCAACGCAGUCUUCAUAGUUCUGGAAGUCGGUGGACCGACGUUAACCAAAGAAGCCAGAGAAGUCAGGACACUAAGGGUAGCGGACGCAGGCGCCGCGGUUAACCUCUCCGUGUGGGACGAACCGGGCGCCCUACUCAUGCCUGGAGACAUCGUGCGGCUCACGAGGGGGUACGCCGCCUUGUGGCGAGGCGCUCUGACUCUGUAUGCUGGUAAAUCUGGAGAUAUACAAAAAGUAGGCGAGUUCUGUAUGUUAUUUAAUGAGCAAGUGAACAUGAGUGAGCCACAACCUACCCCGCCCCCACCCCCCAUGUCGACCACCCCUCCCGCUGCCGCUCCGGCCCAGCGCGCGACCCCGCCAGCCGUCAACAACAAUAGUAACAACAAACCGUUCCAAUCGGACAACAAAAUGGGAGGACACAAAACUUAUGUCAGAGGACGGGGUCAUCAGAGAAAUAACAACAGGAGGUAGCGCUACAGUGAUAUACAGGACUUUAUUCGUAAAAAUAUGUUGCGAUAAUGCUGUUUGUAUUUUAUUUAUAUUGGUGU